UGAAAACCCUAAUUCUAACUCUGUAUUUAAAAUCUUUCUUGUCUUUGGCCCUUUGUUAUCAAGGAAUUGUAAAUUGACAGUUAAUGAAACUAAUUAGUGGCUCAUUUUAGCAAGAUUUUUAGACUGUAAAACUCUUAAAGAAAAGAAAGGAAAGAAGGUCGAAGAAACGAUUUUUGAUGUGAACUUAACUUAUGUGGUACAUGUUCAAAUAGUAUUUCCAUAUUUAAUUUGCGGUUUUUUUAUAUCUUUUAUACUUUUGAUGUAUAAGCACAAGCAGCUGUUGUUAUGGCAUCCUCCAAGACUCCUCGGGUUAAACAUUUCCAGCUCGUGGAUGGGAUGCAAUUUCAGAUAAAUGUGUCAGGUUCUUUGAAAGGUCGCAAUGUGAGAAUUGAACUUCAGCUCAAGAACUGUACAAGGACUUGGAUUCUUCACUGGGGAUGUGUUUUUCAUGGAAACCCCAAUUGGUUUAUCCCUACCGGUCAAUCUUCAGGAACAUCUUAUAAGCAAGGUGCAUUAGAGACACCAUUUACAAAGAGUGGAGAAUUUUAUGUAGUUAAUAUUGAGUUGCGGGAUCCUACUCUUCAUGCUAUAGAAUUUGUUCUCAAAGAUGGCGGCUCCAAUAGAUGGAUGAGAUUGAACAAUGGUAAUUUCCGAGUUGAUCUACCUGAUCAUGAUGAAAAUACUAUCCAUCCACCUGUACCGAAGGAUCUGAUACAACACAAGGCAUAUCUAAUCUGGGAAAGCAAAGGCAGACCAGUGAGGACUCCAGAACAACAAAAGCAAGAUUAUGAUGAUGCUGUGAGAGAGCUCCAAAAUCAGCUGAUUAGAGGAACUUCGUUGAAUGACGUACAGAGUAGUUGCAUAUCUGCAAGUACCAAUACCAAAGCACUCGCUGAUAGUAGGGAGCAAUCUAGUUGUGUACAUUCCUCAUACUGUAGAAGACAUGAUGUGGACCACUGGUUGCAUAAGCAUUCUGUGGGCCAUGAAAGAAGCACCAAUAUGCCAUUUUCGGCUUUUAUGGAUCUUGUAGAGAGAACUACUGGAGGAGAUAAAAUAGUUACAGGGCAAAAUCAUCACGUCAGUAACUAUGAGAUAGUGGUCCUCAAUAAGGUCAUUAAGGGUGACAAUCACACAUUGGUAGCUGUGAACUCGAAAGGCACUAUUGUUCUUCAUUGGGGUGUGUCAAAGUUAUCACCAGGGGAAUGGUUGGCUCCGCCAUCAGACAUAUUGCCUGAAAGAUCAACGCUGCUUGCUUAUGCAUGUCAAACUUAUUUCACAGAAAUAUCAACAGGGAAAGGAUCAUUUCAGCUUGUAGAUAUCAAUUUGCAGCAAAGAAGUUUUUUGGGUGUCCAAUUUGUGAUCUGGACAGGUGGAUCUUGGAUAAAAGAUAAUGGGGCAAAUUUUGUUGUUCUCCUCAAGUCAAACAAUCCAAGUGAUAAGGUUGAUGGGGAUGGAAAGCAAAUUGUCAAAUGGUUACUUGAUGAAAUAUAUCGCAGAGAAAUUGAGGCUGAAAGGUCAUUGAUGCUCAGGUUCAAUAUUGCAACGGAAUUGAUGGAGCGUUGUAAAUUUGAAGGGGAAUCAGGCCUUAUAGGCAUAUUGGUGUGGUUGAGGUUCAUGGCAUGUAGGCAUCUCAUGUGGAACAAAAACUACAAUGUGAAACCUCGUGAAAUCAGUGAAGCUCAGGAUAAGUUCACCAAUUUACUUCAAAAGAUAUACUUGAGCCAGCCAAACAAUAGAGAAAUUAUGAGACUAAUAAUGCUAUGUGUUGGACGUGGAGGUCAGGGUGAUGUUGGGCAGAGAAUCCGCGAUGAAAUACUUGUGAUUCAGAGAAAUAAUGAUUGCAAGACUGGCAUGAUGGAGGAGUGGCAUCAAAAGUUGCACAAUAACAGUAGCCCAGAUGAUGUGAUAAUUUGUGAGGCACUUUUAAAUUAUAUAAGAUGUGGCUUUAGAGCUGAUGCUUAUUGGCAAACACUAAAUGCAAAUGGUCUGACAAAAGAAAUGCUUGCAAGUUAUGACCGUCCAAUUGUGUCGGAGCCUCAUUUCAAUACUGCUGCUAAAGAAGGUCUCACACGUGACCUCACAUUGUACUUGAGGACAUUAAAGGCUGUUCAUUCAGGUGCUGACCUUGAAUCUGCCAUUGAAACUUGUUUGGGUCCUUCUUCUAAGGGUGACAAUUUCACAAGUUCAGGCAGAGUUACUUCUGUUGGUGUCGGUGAGUUGUCACUAAAAUUGAGGGAGAAUUUGAGCUUUGUCAGAGCGCACCUAGCUGAUUCAAGAAUCGGUUCACUAUUGGAGAAACUACUGGAAUCUCGGAUCGAGCUUCGUCUUGUUUUGCUCACGUCUAGUGAAAGAGCAAAAGAUUUACUAUUCUUUGAUGUUGCUUUGGAUUCAGCAAUUAGAACAAUAAUGGAAAGCCGACUGAAACAUCUCAGCUUUGACCGGCUGCAAGAUAUCAUGUUCUACAUCUCCUUGGUACUUGAAAACUUAUGCCUCACAACUGUAAACAAUGAAGACCUCAUUUGUUGUAUAAAGGAUUGGUACCGCGUUCGUGAAUCAUAUAAAGCAAAUGAUGUACAGUGGGCAUUACAAACAAAGGCUGUUCUUGAUCGACUGCAGCUAAUACUUGCUGAUAGGUCCCUGAAUUACCAGAAAAAAAUACAGCCUAGUGCACAGUAUCUUGGUAAAUUGCUUGGUAUUGGGAAAUCAGUGAUUGAUAUGUUUACUGAAGAGUUGAUUAGGGCAGGUUCAGCCACUAUUCUGUCCACACUUGUGAAUCGCUUUGAUCCUGUUCUCAGAAAAGUUGCAAGUUUAGGAUGUUGGCAGGUUAUCAGCCCAGUGGAAGUGUGUGGUUUUGUGACCUGUGUCAAUGAGUUGAUUACAAUUCAGAACAGAGUUUACAGAAAACCAACUGUUAUUAUUGCAAAUAGAGUAAGUGGGGAAGAGGAAAUUCCUGAAGGAGUUGUUGCUGUACUAACACCUGAUAUGCCAGACAUUUUGUCUCAUGUCUCUAUUAGAGCAAGAAACAGUAAGGUAUGCUUUGCAACAUGUUUUGAUCAGAAUAUUCUCAAGAAUCUGAAGCUGAAGGAAGGAAAAGCCAUAUCAAUAAGCCUGAAGUCAAUGAAUUUGAUUAUCAGUGACAUCAGCGGCUCAAAUCUAUCACUUAAUUCCUCUAUUUGCACCUCUAUUGCUCGACCUGUAACCUUUAAAAGGAAGACUUUCUAUGGGAAAUAUGCUAUUUCAGUUGAAGAGUUCACUGCUGAGAUGGUUGGUGCUAAAUCUUGCAAUAUCAAGUUUUUAAGAAAAAAGGUACCAUCAUGGAUUAAGAUUCCAAUUUCAGUCGCCCUACCAUUUGGAACCUUUGAGGCUGUUCUGUCAGAGAAUAUUAACAAGGAUUUAGCAAACAAGAUUUCGGGUUUUUACAAAUCUGUAUUAAGCGGUGACUUUACAAAACUUCAAGCAAUACAAGGUGCUAUUCAACAAAUGAGUGCACCUUUAUCCUUGACCUGUGAACUCAAGAGCAAAAUGAGAAGUUCGAGACUACCUUGGCCUGGUGAUGAGAGUGAGGAAAGAUGGAACCAUGCUUGGAAAGCAAUAAAAAAGGUUUGGGCUUCAAAGUGGAAUGAAAGAGUACAUGUUAGUUGUAGGAAAGCUAACUUGAACCAUGAUAAUCUACGAAUGGCUGUACUUAUUCAAGAAGUCAUAUGUGGUGACUAUGCUUUUGUGAUUCACACAAAGAAUCCCCUGACAGGGGAUGCCUCAGAAAUAUAUAUUGAGAUUGUGAAGGGCCUGGGAGAAACUUUGGUGGGUGCAUAUCCAGGACGAGCUAUGAGCUUCAUUACUAAAAAGAGCAAUAUAAAUUUUCCCAUUGUUAUUAGUUAUCCGAGCAAGAAUAUAGGGCUAUACAGUAAGAAGUCCCUGAUAUUCAGAUCCGACUCAAAUGGUGAAGAUGUAGAAGCAUUUGCAGGAGCUGGGCUUUAUGACAGUGUACUCAUGGAUGAAGAGGAGAGAGUUGUAUUAAACUACUCCAGGGAUCGCAGGAUAGUUGACAAGGCUUUCCAGGUAUCUCUCUUCUCAAAAAUUGCAGAGGCAGGAAGAGUCAUGGAAGGCCUUUAUGGCUGUCCACAGGACAUUGAAGGGGUAGUAAAAGAUGGAGCCAUAUAUAUUGUUCAAGCAAGGCCGCAAGUCUAGUACUGCAGGAGACAGGUUAUAAUCUUUAAAUUUAAAUGGGAAUUAUGUACCUUCUUUAUAAUAUAAAUUCAGUCAAGAUGCUUUCUUAAACAAAUUGAAAUAUAUUAUCUUAGUAAUGAUAUUCAAAGCUAGUUAUUGUUGAAAAUAUUCUAAUCUUACUGUAUAAGAAAAUAAAAUUUACUGCUAUCUUUCUAGUGUGUUGUCCUCUUUAUUUCUUAUACUAGGUUUGGAUGUUUUUCUUUAGUAGUUUUCUUGGUGGGUUUGAAUAAUUUAGAUAUAUAUAUACAUAUAUAUACAUAAAUCUUAUGUUUCACCUAUCUUUAGUUGGUCUGAAGUUCUUACCUUAAGUUUGCAAGAAGGAACUCUGAAGGACAUGAUCUUCAACCCCUUAUCUUUCAAAAACAAUGCCCUAAAGAAAAAUGUAAGUACUUUUUUCAACUUGGAAGUUAUAACUUUUUGGAUUUACUGAAAAAGAAAGUCAAGCUUUAGUUUCUUUAGUUGAUCUCUGUGCUUAGAGUUCUAGUUUAUGAGUUGUGAUAUUAAUAUAGAUAUGUAAUUUUGAGAUUUAAGCAUACUGAUAAUAUGUAAUUUUUAUAUUUAGAAAUCAUAAUUUGCUCUACUCAUUCCUGAAAAUGAUUUCAUUUCCAUGGUAUUGAAGACUUUGACAAUAUCUAUUUUGAGUUCAGAAAAAAGAGGACUUUGACAAAAGCCCAUAUCCAAUUCUCCUCCCUUGGAAGACUUUUAUCUGUCCUGGCCUUUACUUCCUCUUCUCCAUAUUGACUGGGUGGGACUUUUCUUGCACACACGAUCCAUGUGGGGGCCUUUCAGCGGAAUAGAAAUUAUGUAAUGAUUAAUACCCCAGGAAAAUAAUAAUGGAUAAAGAAAAGUUUGAAAUUUAAUGGGGCUUUUGCUUUUAUGCAUCAAAGAAUAUUCGACCCUUUUGUCUCCCUUUUUGGUCUUCUUAUCGCACACACACACCAUUUCCUUCUUUCUGUUGAUUUGGCAAAUCCCUUGUAAUCACUUUCUGCCCUCUCUCUUGCGCCCAAACGGAGCCUGCCACUCUGUGUGGGAAAGGAUAAGCAAGGAAGAAGGACAAAAGAAAAAAAAAAAAAAAGAA